AUGGUUUUCACCCACGAACCGCACGUCCGUGAACGCGUGACGAAAAGCGGGGAACCUCUACGCUUCUCCCGUUGUCACCUCAGCGUCUGCGAUUGCGAUUGCGUUGGCGUGUGCGUCUGCGACAAGGUCGUAACGUCGUCUUGCCUUCCAUCUACCUUGUUCACUCACGUUUAUCCUGUCCAGCAUCAGAAAACGAUUGCUUCUCGUAGCGUACAGCCAAAUCUCAGCCACCAUGCUCUCCUUGACUGCGUUUGGCAUUACCUUUUUUGCUGCCGUUGUGGCCAUCAGCACCGUUAUCACCCUGCUCGAAUGGUAGCCGCCACACUGAAACGCAAGCGAUACUCACGCCACCGCUAUGAACAUCGCUCAAAGUCAAACUGCGAUCUUGCAACGCAUCACCACCACCGGUGCUGUCCCAAUCUAGCACUCGGUUGUCGUGAUCGCUCAUUUGACAGCCUCGACUCUCUCCAAGGAAGUCUGCUGAACAUGACUCUUUGCUCGGCAAUCAUGAAUGUCAAGCCGUUCUGA